AUGGAGAAGCAUCAACUAGAUAAGAUCUUUGAGGUGAGUGAUCGGUUUUGCUGCUCUGGUAAUAGGUAGCAGGCAGUUUUUCGUUCUCCUGAACGAUCGGUUGCUGGAAGCAGAGAGUAGGCAUGUUCAUGACUCGGGAUCAGGCAAUGAGACCAGUGUGCUAAGGCCCCUGUCACUGUAAAUUCCGGGGAUGAGUAAAGAUUCGUGCUGCAGAAACCACGUCCAAAGAAAAUAAGGUUGGCAUGCGGGAAAGUAGGUGCAGUAGCCUACCCUGGUUCAAUGCCAGAGAAUCACACAACUCACAAAUUCACUGCUUACAUAAACCGAGCUGUGGGUAAACUUAUCACGUACACACAAGCACUAGUCAGUCAAAUGCAAAGCAAAUGGGCCCCUGACUGACUUGAAAGGUUCAGUUAAAAGACAGGGACCUUGGCUACUGACUCAUUCUCGCGAUGAAUCCGAAAGUAAAUCCUGCAUUUCACAAAAAUACCCCCACUUUUCGGAAAGCGGCCUUCUGAGAGAAGAUGUUAUCUGCUUUGUUGGUUAGGAGGAACACAUUGUAGCCCGUUUUCAGUAGUGCGUUCACCCGCUGAUUGGAGGACUGAGAGUCGGCUCAGUCGAUCUCUCUGACGGUAGUCUUAGAGCCAGUUGGAUGAGGAAGGAGAGGGUGCGGUAGAUGCUAAGCAAGUCUACCUCACUAUAAACGAAUCCAGGUGCAAGUCACCGUCCUUCGCCCAUUUCGUGGGGACCAAGGCGGACGUUGUCGAUUGAAAAGGACAAACUGUGAGGCGUACGUACUAAAUUAACAGGAGCAAUGGCGAAGAAGCUGUCAAGUCCAAGGUUCACGAACUCUAACUCCAUUAGCGAUCUCAACUACCUUUUUUAUACAGCAGAUGGACAUCUCUAGCAACCUUCAUCUUUAUAGCUAAAUUUCCCCACCAAAAGCCUGGACAGACCGUCGUGAUUUGUGGGCGAACUAUUUACAGGAGUGAUCGAUCUCAUGAAAUGUUAGCCGAAAUUCCGAAAUGCGUUUCCGAUCAGGAAAGAUUACUUGGGUGGGGUUCAAGUACAUAUUAGCAUGCGGCAUAAUCCUAUAAUAUUUUGGACUCGGCAAGAUGUCAGCUUUUGAAAAUACUUCUUUUCAAUUUCCUGUAGAAACUGCACUCGGUGAAAAAUGACUACAUGGGCAGCAUGAAUUUUUCGCAUUUAUUUCAAUAGUCUUAGAAAUUCAAAUAUAUUUUAAAAAAACAGGAAUGAAAAUAUGCUUUCUUUUACUUGUUUGAUAAAUAAUUGCGUCGUUUUCAUAUUUUUUUACUCGAAGACACAGUGUAAUUAGGUUUUAAAAAGUUUAUACUUAUGAGCAUUUUUUAAGACCGUGCAAUGUCCCUUCAUACAGCAUCGUACCUCUGCUUUUGUCACUGCUCCUCAUGAAAUGUACAACAUAGUUCACAUCCAUUGCAGAAUUGUAUCGAAUAUAUAUGGUAUCUUUUAAAAGACAUACAAGAAUAUACGAUUUUCCUUACGCGAACGCAUGCACCUUGUAGACUGAAAUCACGAGGCGCUGAUGCAACGGCUAAUCAGGCUCCAAAUUAUUCGGGAAUUAAAAAACUUUUCUAAAACCUGAAUACACUCCGUCUUAGAGCAUAAAAUAUGAAGAUGACGUAGUUUUCUAUCAGACGAGUAAAAGAAAGCUUAUUUUUGUUCAUGUUUUUAUAAAAUAUAUUUGAAUUUAUAAGACCGCCGAAAAUCAAUGUGAAAAAUUCAUCCUACUUAAGUAGCCAUUUUUCACCGAGUGAGGUUCCCAUAGAGGUCGAAGAGGAGAGCAAUCAAGAAAAGACAUCCUGCCGAGUCCGAAAUAUUAUAGGAUUAUGCCGCAGGAUAAUAUGUAUGAGAACCCCACUUAAGUAAUCCUUCAUAAUGGCAAACGCAUUUUAGAAUUCCGGUUAACAUUUCAUGAGAUCGGUCACUUACUGCACUAGCACAGUGUCUGGCUGAAAUUCCCUCCAUUCCCUUGGCUAUUCAACCACAUUGUAAACCCAUUUAAAGGGACCAGCUUGCUUUCCUCAUUACUUCCUCAACAGGCUUAGCGCUUUUUAGCAGUCUUUUUAAAGCUAGAAACCCGUUACUGAGGAGGAGUCAUCUAUUUAAAUUAUUUUAACAGCACCCACAUGGGAGAUGUUGUGUCUUUCAUCCAUUAGUCAUUCUUUAAAUUUCGGGUCUCACAAGUCAGUUUUUAACACCACCAUCAAAGAUGCACAGAUAACUAAAGUAUACCUUCUAUUUGACAGAAUCUUCGGGAGCUCUGACGCCAGUUUUAACAAUUAUGCGCGCAAGGAAAGCUAAUUUUAAAUUUAUUUCAGGCUCUUAUCAGUGGACUUUGUGUGAUGUUACCGAACAGUCCCUACGGAUGGAUUCGACAACAUCUAGUUCUGCUGUACAAAAUCCCGAAAGACCUACUGGAUUGGUAAACGAGAUUGCGCUGAAGUUUCAUAGCACCUGACUUCUAGGGAUACGUUUAUUUCAGAGGAAAUGCGACCGAACCACCCACUCCUUCGAGGACCACUAUUUGAACAUCCUGAAAAACGUUUAAGGCGCAUCAAGGUAAGCAGCCAUUGUUUAAGUUUACAACUCGACGACUUUAAAAUCAGGAAACAGUGAAGUUGACAUACUUUACACUUAUAGCCAGCAGACCUAGGAUUAACUCGUUUUGUAAGUAGGCUGGAAUAGGGUCACACAGGAAUCAAAUUUAUCGAUCUGUUCUGAUUGCAGAGUCAUUUUUAUGUUGAAACUCCGGUCUGAGUGCUUCAGAACCAAUCUCAAGACGAUGGCCAAUCAACAAUCGAACAGUAAAAACGAUCAAAUCUGGAGGUUGAUGUUUUGGUACUGGAAUCACGCCUACACGCAACUGCGAUUAUUCCAAAUGGCAGCCAAAGGGGCUUAAACUUCAGUCUCAAUGGUGGUCUGGUGGCUCAGUGGGUAUAUGGCCCGAGUUCAAGCCUCGAUUCAGUCCGGCAUGGGGUUGGAAUACGACUGGCUGACGACGCCGAAUACUCCAGAAACGACUACAUCGACCUGCGUUAUCUUUUUCGAUCAUUCAUCUUCAGUAAAAUAGAGCAUUUGUUGAUAGCGUUGCUCCCGAGAAUGACAAAGACGACGACCAACAAGACUGUCGUUCCUGUCGCAAUCGACGACGACAGUUCAACCGUCCGUUUGGAUGACGUCCGUCGUGUGCUCCACAACAGGGUGAGAGCAGGGCCGGUGACUUGCACGUGGGUUAGUUUAUAGUGAUAGUACACUUGCGUAGCAUCUAUUGCGCCCUCUCACCUCCUCCCCGUCUGUGCACGGCCCACGGGUCGACUUUACGAUAGUGUAUCUCAACUGGCGAACCGGGUCUGGAACAUCAACCUGCACUCGCAGCAUCCGCCUCCACUGUCCACAUCGAACUCGCACAUUCACCCACCGCAGGGGUCUGUUAGGCCAUGGUGGAGGGGCGCUCACCGAUCGUUCUUACGGAACUCACUCGUUCCAUUGUGCCUAACGGGCUCCCUCUCGAGCCCAACCAGCAGCCGCACAGUGGCGCAUGAUAUAGGCAGAAUGUUAUUACCGACAAAAACCAGGGAGACUGGAAUGGCAAUUUUUAGCUUAUUGGCCGUCGUCAGCCAGUCAUACCCAACCCCGAAGUGUGGAACACCUGCGGCUCGAACUCGCGACCUCGUAGUUAGAAGUCCAACGCGUCUAACCACUGGGCCACGGUGAGCGCCCCUCUACCACUGUAUAUUCCAGAUCGAAACCGAAAGGAUGACAGACCCGUGAUCCAAUGGUUAGAGGCGUUGGGCUUCUAGCUAAUAGGUCACGAUUUCGAGUCCCAGGUGUUCCACACUUCGGGGUUGCGCAUGACUGUCUGAAGACGAGUAAUAAGCCAGAAAUGGUCAUUCCAGUCUCCCUUAUCUUUGUCGGUCAUAGCAUUAAAUCUAUUAGGCCACAUUCGCGUCCGCGAAAACCUCAGAUGGACUCUCACCGGCUGCGGCACACCAUCACACCCCCCCUCACCAGCACCUUAUCGCACAUCAACAUCUCCCACCACAAGCACCCAAAUGCCACCUACUAAGCAAGUGGGAAGGGUGCGUCUUGACUCCGUCACAAUGCGACUCCCCAGCUGAACGUCAAGCUCCGUGGCUUGGAAGGCUGCUGACUGAAGCCCCAAGUCAGUCCACGCAGUCCGUCCAGUUGUGUGCGUGGGUUUGUGUGGAGUGGCCGGCUGGUGAUCUGAUAGUUAGGCUGCAAUGGCUCCUUCUUAAUGUGGCCUUUAUGGUACUCCCACUUCGUGGGAUCCAAACCGGGUGUGGCGGCACGUUUAGGUGCGGCUUCAGCCGUGCCAGCCUCCAUUCCUUCGUCGUUAUUGGUUAAAAUCCUGGUCAAGUGUGUGUUGUGGACUAAGAGAUAUGGUGCCCCGCCUAGGUGCGGGUCCGAUCGUGCCAGCCACCUUCGUCCCCCAGCCCCGGUCUCCCUGACGGGCUCAGGCCUGACUUGACACCGGCUCCAGGUGGGGAGUGGGGAAGAGAGAGAGUACGGUGGAUGCUAGGAAAGUCUACUACCACUUUAAACUAAUUCACGCGCAAGUCGCCGUGUCUGCUGCACCUUGCUGUGGAGCACACGGUGGACAUCGUCGGAGACGAUAGUCGAACUGUCGUAUCUCAAAGUUGCACACUUCUGUGGCGGUCAAGGAUGUGAGAUCAACUUAAACCACGCACAAUAAGUUCGUUUCGUCUAAUGUCAGCAGUCAGGGAGCUGUGAGGAAUAGUUUAUUCUGUACACAGGACAGUUUGCCGUAAGUUGGCUGUUUGCCUGCAACAGAGACAAGCGUCCGUUCACGGAGAGCGUCGGUCGCGGUGUGUAGUUUAUGCGGGGGUGAAAGUCUGUGUCCGCAGUUGGGGGUGACUGGCUGAGUGCUGGUCAUGAGAUUGGACGGAUUAGCGGGACGCAUAAUCACAGGGGGUUACGGGUGUCAAUCCAGGCCGUCCGACGCGCGUGAGGUGAUAAUAUUUUGUGAGGACAGCUGGGAGCCAUUGCAGCUGAACAGGAGGGAACCCAGUUGUAGCCGGCGGGGGUGGUCGUGUGUGAGCGGCCUGUCAACGAUUGUCGCGGCCAUCGACCGACAAAACGGAACCGGAGAAAACGGGGAAACGGGGUCUGGAGCGGUUGUUACAACUCCCCCCAGACACCAAACGAAGUGAAGGCGUCAACAUGUUAGCCAGCCACAAACCUGUCGGGUCAGUGGAAGUGACGGCGAAUCGGACGCGGGCCGUCGCCAGUAGGUGGAGGCAUCACUGUUUGAGGCGAGGUACAGUGUUGGGGUGAGGAAUGGUCACUGUAGUCGAUGUAGGCCGGCUUUACGCGAUCAAUGCUGACUGUGUCGGUCUUGCCGUUGCGGUCGAUGACACCAGCUUUGUCAGAUCGACGAAGGACUUUAUACGUCCAGUCGUCGGGUGGUUGGAGGGACCGCCGGAGUCACCGACAAUGACAAUUAUCAGGCUGUAGACUGAGACCGAGAUGUGACUCAGGCUGCCACGCAGAACUGCGGCUUUCUCAGAGAUACAGUCAUGUCUAUCAAGAUUAAAGCUAGCGAAAGAUUGAGAAUGACGACUUUCCCACCCUUGUCGUCGGGAGUACAUAAACUGGGAACGAGGUGCGGAGGCUCACGAUAUGUUUUCCUUUAUAAGGACUACAUUGAGUUGUUAUAAUGCGCCUAACUACAUAUGACGUGCACAUUAGUGACGCCGAUGACGGCAAUGUGUUGCGUCAUUGUUGUCUCCGUGGAAGUUAUUUUGGUUAGAUCGCAGUUGGUAGCCAGGCCCCAUAUUAUAGGUGGCUGGGGGGUUUGUUUACUGGGGCUGUUUUUUGGGGUUUCAUAAUCCCAUCUGACCCAUUUGGCUUGCGUUUUACAUUUGAAGUUAGGAUUAGGGUACCGGUUAAUGGUUUCCGAUUUUCGGGUUAGGGUUAUGCCUUUAGGCUUAGGUUUUCGGGUUACAGUUAGGGUUUGAGUUUACGGUUAAGUUUUUGAGUUACGGCUAUGCCUCAGGGCUACGGUUACGUUUACGAUUCCGGUUAGGGUUAGGGUUCGCGUUAAGGUUAACGGUUAACGUUUAAGGUCGGGGUUAGGGUUAGGGUUAAGGUCAUGAUUAGGGUUAAGGUCGCCGUCCGCUUCCCCAUUCCUGGCUACCAACUACUAUCUAACCGUUAUUUUGGCCAGAAAAGUGACCACACUAUCCACCUCGCCACAUGCUACUCCACAGACAGUUCGCUCCAUAUCCCCGCCCUGGCUUCAAUGGAGGGUGUUGUACAAGUGGUUUUUUCAGCCCGGUUCUGAAGCUAGAGUUCUUAUGAGCGUUGGCGCAACGAUAAAAUCGUGAAGGCACUCGCAUGGGCGCAUCGUUAGACUAGGCAGUACGACCGUUGCGAACGACGAUGCCCACGUGUGCCUCACAGCAAGGCGGACGCAGGGACGGUGAUUUGCGCACGAACUAUUCUAUAGCGGUGGUAGGCUUGCGCAGCAUUUAGUGCACCCCGAAAUCCCUCACCCACCUGUUGUCAAGGAAGGGUCGGAGGAGGAAUCGGACUUGAUGCCUGACAAAGCUAAAGAGCCCGUCUGCGUUUACCAUGCACACACCUGGUCAGCUAACGAUGGAACAGGGUUUUCACAAAAUAAACGAGCGGGGCUAAGGCGGCUCGGGUUCCAACAGAAUGGGAAUACCGUAGAGGCCACGUUAAGGAGGAGCAAUUGCAGCCCCACUUUCCUUCCUGAGAGAAGAACCGAGUUGACCAAUCAGUUGGCAGUCUUCCAGGCCACGGCUUUAGCGCACCGGGAUACUUUUAGGGCGUUCCCGAUUUUUUAGAGCGGGAAAAUACACUGAGAUCCGUGGGGACGGAGUCCCACAGAGUCGGUUUCACUCUCUCUUCCCUGUACUGGGCAUCACCACACUGUCCGAGCCGGUCAAUCACCUGAUGCGAGUAUUGGACUGGAGUAACUGGCAGACCUAGACAGUCCGUCUACGCGUUCCACACACGACCUGGUUCCCAGCAAGUCACACCCAGUCGACCACUCCACGCAGACACACGCUACACAAGGCCAGCUGCGAUGUCUGGUUUGUGCCGUCCAUUGGCAACAUGUCAUCCCCAUGACGCUUAGUGCUUUAUACCUACGUGCACCGUGAUCAUCUGGAGCUGGAUCCAGAGUAAGAGCGCGGCAGCACACGAGGUUAGAGUGUAUCUGAUAGAAAACAACAAGCAAAUCACAAAUGGCCGGGCAAGGCUGAAGUAUAAACAUCUCUCCCCGUUCUGUCAGUCCUCCGGUACGGUUGUGAAUGCUGGACAAUGCGCGUGAGAGAUCAGCGGAAACCGGAGAUGUUUGACCACUGCUAGCUGAGCGCCAUCCUUUGAGUAAAAUAAACCAAUGUCGUCUCAAAUGAGACAAUCGGAGCUCACUGCCUCGAUAUUCCAAAGAUAUCCUAGACCGUUCAAGAAAGACGAUUGGGGCGAUUCCAGUACGUUCUUUAUGGUCCGCCUCAUGAGGUAAGCGCUGCUGGUCCCGAACCGGCGCCAUUGUCCAACUGGAGGAGUCGAAAAGGAGGCCACAUCAGAAUGGAAGUAGUGCUUGAACCUCGUGUAUUCGGUCGUCGUCAUCGAAGGGGGAGAAUGGGUCGAACUCUCCCGAUCCGCUGCUGCGGGUUUUCGUGAAGAGGUGUAACUCGCGACAUCAUCGAAUACCGGUUGGACCAAGUACAUGCGCAAGUAUCCCCCUUGAAGUCUGUGCUUACGUGGUUGCUAUUUACUUUCGUUGGGAAGAAGUCUACGUUAGGUUAUCGACCCCAAAAACAAUAAUUUCGAAAGCAUCGUCAUCAUGUUUCUUCCCCUGACUCUAGUAGUUCAGCCGACGUUUGGCCAUCUUCACCGCCACUGAUACAUUUGAAGGCAUGCUCGCCUUAAUUAUUGGCUUGGGGGCAGGGGGUGCCAUAAAGCCGCAGAAAAAGAAAACGUGGUAACUUUGCACGGCGACAUAAUAGUAAUUUAUUUAUGUUGACAUGGCUCAACAUUUAAUUAUGGUGAUGUAUGGUUAAACGGGCAAGAUUCAGCAUUUAAAAAAUCUAGGACUUAGUAGGGGAGUACGGUUUAGACGGUGGGUUCUGCGCAUACUCUUGUCUCAGGCAGUAUGUACGUCAUUCAUCAAUGACGUUGGAGUGGUGAUGGAGGAAUGCAGUGCAUCCUGGGGUUGAUUUUGGGCGGUGGAGGGGCGAACACGCGGCCAUAUUUUAGUCUAACGGAUGGACGUUUAAUCAUCUCCUAUUUCUUAUCAAUGCCCUCGGCCGAUCAUUAGCAUCGUCUGCGAUGUGACUACCUCAGGUUCAGCCUUCUAGUCAUCCACGUCUGAUAUCGGGACAUGGGGCACCGUACCGAAAAUGUCUACGCCAAACUUCCUGUCUCGUGCGUGAAACCGCCCCCAACUUCGUUCAUCUACUCUGUGAUGCUUUGAUCCUUCGUGGAGUUCAUAAGGGUAUUUUUUACUCCACAGGCGUACUGAGUGGCAGGAAUUUCUUGUGGAAAUUUCUUAUACGUAUUCGAUAUGAAAGUUUCUUUGUCUAAGUCAAAAUUUCUUCCGAACGACCGUCGGCGACUGAGCACCUUAGACUGGCAACACGUGCGAUGUUUUUUCGAAGUUUUUAUACAGGUAUUUGUUAGAACUGCACCUACCUGCGAUCAUAGAUCAAUGAAUUACUCAGUAAGAAUCCGCCGAAAUUCAGAUAUGAAACGAAUGAACUGCUCUCCUUUCACAGCCUUUGUCCCUUUAUUAACCGUAAUCUGAAAAAACGUUAUAUUUCAAUCUGCAAAGCUGGCAGAAUUCGGAUUGAUAUCGGCGUCAGAGAAACGUCGGCUUGCCACAUCCUUCUACGAAAUGAAUCGGAAACGGAUUUUCACUGGGUAAGCGAGUUGGACCUGAGAUAGACAUGUAUGUCCCUUUCUUGUCCCAAUGACGACCCCACUACCAGGAUCUCUGAAGAACGCUACAAGAAACGGCUUCUACCGUCUGGAUUACUGGGAGAAUUAAACUGAAAGCCCUUAGAACCUGGCUUCACCUUUUACUAACACACACCUUAGAGGGGACUUCCUGAAGUCGGUGUAACGUAUGAUAAAAUACAGUGCACUUAUCUGAGUUAACAUGAGGACGUUGUUUUACCAUUUAACCAUUCUGUGUUGUGGUCGUUGUUGUUUAUUCCAGACGAGAGUAGAAUAUGCUUCAGGAGAGACUUAAUAAGGUAGAUAUUAUCAACUUUUUCCUUUCGAUUUAUGCUAAUAAGCCUUUUGGGAUUUCAAUAGACAUGCGAUUUUAACUAACCUAAUAUAUACACUUCCCAGAUUUAACGCUUUUUAUUUCUUGGCAUGGGUGACGUAACUCAUGGAAGACGCGUAAAUUCGUAAAAAAUCCCUUAUGUCUCGGGUACCAGGUCGAAAAAUUUCCAGUUAAAAGUUAAAGUUAAAUGUACUCAGAAAAGAAGCGAUAUAACGUUAGUCGGAAUUAUCAUUUUCUUGAAAAGUGCGGAAAAGCGACAUAUUCGCGCCAAACAGCAAAACAUGUCCAUGCAAACAAUCGGGCGAAACUUAGAAAUAUAUCCUGAGAAUAAACACACUUUUGUUGUACCGUGUUAAACAUUUGCGUAAAAUUCAUUCUGUCCGGACAUCCCUCGAAAUGAUCAUGGAGAUUUUUGGGCAUCACGUUUCAUGGGUUACGUCACAAUUCUGAGAGCUCGAUGUAUUAUGUACAUGUGUAUACAUUGGAAGGUAAGCAUCCAAGAAAUAUAAGAUGGGGUCUUAUAUGUCCUUUGGAGAAAGUAGGAAGAGUAGGAAAAAGCGAAUUUUCAAGGACGGAUCCUCAGGUCGUCCUCAGACUCAGGGCAACGUCGUCAAAAACAGCUAACAAUUUAGGCACGCUCAAAAUAAUCAACACCUACUUGGCCUUUCUGCCAGUAAGCGACCACUGCGCAUGUGAUUCUGUUCUGAUUGCCUCUCCUCUUUUUAAUUUCUACCUUUCCCAAAGAGAAUACUUUGUAUAAAGAACAGGGUAUACGAUACUCCUACGAAAUCAUUUUGGGUCGCUAAAGGACUGCCUGUGGGGGUUCUGGAUUGAGCUCCAAGACUUGCCAUGAUCGAUAUGUUUGCUAUCCUGAUCGUUGAACAACCUCCUAAUUUCACUGCAUAUAUGCACAUAUGAGAUUGAUUGAAUAAAGGCAGAAUAAUCCCGAGAGCGUGUCAUAUCAUUCUACCCGCAUAGCUUACAUGACACUAAUCAUCCGGCUAACCCAUGUCACGUACUUGCUUUUUAACAAUGAAACGGGUUGCAAUGGAACCGAGUGAUAACUUAUUGUCAUGUAGGCUAGCCAGUUGGUGCAAAUGCUUUUGAAAGAGUGGACAUGUAUCAGAACAAACUAUUGCUGACCAAAAAGGCAUACAAAAGCCAGAAGAAAGUUGUCAUGUGCCAGUGCCACAAGCCCCGAAUAUACGUACCGCAGGUGAGCUAACUGAUGAAAUGCCAUGAGAUAAAACAAGAAAAUCCCUGUAACGCGAAAUCCGCCCAACCUGUGUUACCCAAAAACCCUACGGCAGUAAGAAACGACUGUUCUUAAAACGGGGACAUAGUUGAGAUCUUAAAUUAAUAUUUACUAACGUAAAAAUAAUUCAUUUUCACUGAAAAACUAAAAUUUCAGAAAAUGGCCAUAUUACAAGUCGCUUAAAUAGGGCUUCCUUGGUUGCCGUUUGACAAGUUAGUGGCCGGCUAAAGAGCCUUUGCGUAAGCCGCACCUGUAAAUCUGCCCCAGGCACGGUUGGGUUCCUUUUGUUGAUUCCAGCGGCUCAUUUUUGGAUACUUUUUUAUCCGCUUGCUUGUGGACAUUGAACAGCGGAGGCGUAACACAAAUGUCCUCCUUACUUAGUGGUAUUUGCAUGAUAUUACGAAAUGGUGACCUAGAUACUCCGCUGCAUAGACAAAUCACGGAUUUGACCGAUUAGCUGUACUCCCACAGUGGCCACCGAUUGGUCUAAAAAAAUAAUUGUCGACGCUAUGCAUUCAUUUAGCAGUAUCAAUAAGCCUAAGACGGUUUAAACUCGAUAUCUGUGUUUUCAAACCAGGCAGAACCCCUACCCAUUAAUUUUGAUUCGCAGGUAUCUAUGGCCAUGCAAUAAACGAAUAGCUGAUAGUAAUUAACCCCGUAAACCCCGGAAAUGACAUGCCACGCGAAGUCAGUGUUUCCAAGAUCAGUGAACACAACGCUCAUAACCUUAAUAUUUACGUCACUUAUCGAUCGUAAUCAGCUGGUCGUGCUUACCAAAGAUCAUAUUUUUCACUCUAGAGCCUCCCGCGUGGUCGAGUAUUCCAUUGUACCCCAGCCUUUACUCCUGAACCGCACCAAAACCCAAGAUAUACUCCCGAUUAUGUGAUUAUAAACAGGUUUUUGGACGAGGGGACUCCUGCAUCUCUUGGUACUACGCCCAGACCAAAGGCAGAUUAUGUUUUCCAUUCCAAGAGAACGAAUAUGGCUGAACGGGAUACCAAAGUCGAAAGAGAGUGUGUGUGUGUGUAUUUACAGUGAGUGACCAAUCUCAUGAAAUGCCAGCCGGAAUUCUGGAAUGCGUCUUCGAUUAGGAAAGAUUACUUAGAUGGGGUUGUAACAUUGAUUGCCAUGCGACCUAAUCCUCUGCUAUUUCCCACUUACGAGGAUGUAGGCUUUUGAGUGCGCUCCUUUUCAACUUGUAGAAACUGUAUCGGUAGAGAUUACUACCUAAGUAUUAUGCAUAUUUCAAAUAGCUUUUUGGUGUCCUUAUAAACCCAAAUAUAUUCUAUAGAGAAAAGAGGCAAAAAUAAGCUUUUACUGAUUUUGUAGGUAAUCAUAUUUUCUUUAAACUUUAUACUCGGUGAAAGGUUAUGUUUAGGUUUUAAAAAAGGUUUCUAAUUAUGGAUUUUUUAAGACCUUGAAAUAUCUAUCCAUACAGCCUCGUACCUGUCCAUUUAUUAAAGGUCAUCAUGAAGUAUCCAACACAGUCCGCAUCCGUUGCAAAAUUUCAUUAACGCUACAUGGUGCUUUCUUUAAGGCAUACAGGAAUAUACGAUAUUCUUCACGUGAAAGUAUACAUUUUUGCAAUGAAAUCGCUAAACAUUAAUGCAACGUCUGAUGUGGCUCAAAUUUAUUCCUAGAGUUAUUCUUCGAGCAUAAAAUUUAAAGAAAAUGUGAUUUCCGACCAAAUCAGUAGAAGCAUAUUUUUGUCCCGUUCUCAAUAAAAUAAAUUUGGGUCCAUAUAGGCAUCGAAAAUUUAUGUGAAAUAUGCAUACUAAUUAAAUAGUCAUUUUUCCAGAGUUCAGUUUUUACAGGAACUCGAAAAGAAGUGCAUUCAAAAGCCUACAAUCCGCCAAGUCCGAAAUUAAUGUUACAACGCCAUCCAAGUAAUCUUCCCUAAUCGAAAACGCAUUUCAGAAUUUCGAAUGGCAUUUCAUGAGAUCAGUCACUUACUGUACUAUAAUCUAACCUGGUACUCAGUAAAUACACGAACCGUAGGCGUGUUCGACGGUUGUCCUAACCACGAACCUGGCAGAAAAACAAGAGAACAGGUGUACUGGAACCUGCGAGUCAGUCUUACGGAAAAACGGUGUGAAUUGAUAGCACCCCGUUCAAGUUGGCUAUCACUCUCUCCAAUCAACUUGAAGAAAGGAAUAGAAGAACCGAGCAAGUUCCCGCAGACGCGGACCAAUCAGGUUCAAAGGACGUACUGUGGUCCCAGCCAAUAGUGACACUCUGUCGAGAGCCUGCCACAUACAAGCAGCAUACGACGGAUACGAGCGCAUAUGCCAUCCAGUGAGACUGAUGAGGCCCUUCUGGGAAUGUUAACAUCCCCAAGAAUAGUUAGAAGGGCAUAGGAAAUUACUUUGCGCAAGGGAUGGUACUGCCACCCAUCUUCCAAGCAGUAAGCGACUCUUCAAAAGAACAAGGCGUACUUUCAUGUUUGGACACUUACUGCUGCCUUUUUACUCGUUUCCGAGAGAACCGCAAGAGCCUUAAUGGCAAAAUUAUCUCCCAAGCGUAAAAACUGUCCUUUGACGCUGACAGAGACCUAGAGUUUGCUUGUAAAGUGGACUUAAGUUACACACCCAUGUCCCGUCUGGGCAGACUUUCGAAUCUUGGAAAUUGACUUUUCUCACCUAAGGCUGUGCCUAGUCACGUUCAAUGUCCUAAAAGUUGAAACCAGCCACCACGUGUUGGAUAUAUUAAGACGUGUUAGGUGUUGCAGACUACUAUUAACGUUCUGGCUAACUCUGACGAAAAAGUAUCAUCCACCGGUGACCAACCCUUUCAUUCUGAACGCAGUUUGUGCCAGUGUUUUUUUAAUCUAAGGUCUAGGGUUUCAUUUACUUUCAUUUGGCGGUUCGUUAAGAGAACGCUUUGGAAAUUGUCGAUUUUGAUUGAAUCAUGUUAAGUGUGGGCGCACUGCCCUCAGUCCGAUACUUAGGCGAGCUUAUUUCCAACCAAGCCGUCAGAGGCAGACAUAUAUUGUGCCAAAUUCUAGAGCCUGGCAGAAGUUCGUAUGCAUCCGUUUCUCCGAGAGAGAACGAAAAAUGGAACUGAUAGGAAUUCUGCUAGAACGACUGCGGUCAAGAGCGAAGUCCAAAGUUUUCACUGCCUGGCAUGAUUUCGUCCAGCACAAGGUUUCUGCUCGUGAAGGUGAGUAUAAGCAAGCCGUAUAUCUAUAAAAAAUGUUAAUACGUCUACAUUUUAGCUAUAAAAAGACGCAGAAAGAAGGGAUAUAGGGUUGUAGGGAGAUAAUACUAUGAAGUGAAAUGCAAAUCGUAUAAGAUUGCGGGUUUGUGUCUUGGAAAUGAGUAAAUUUUACAUGCCCAUCGGUUCAGGAUUUUAUUCGGUAAUAUUUUAUUUCGUGGCCGCACCUGUUAGGGGUUAGGGGUAGGGGUUGUGGGGUUAGUGUUAGGGUCACAGGUUAGUGUUAUGAGCUAGGAUUAUGGGUUAGCGUUAUGGUUAGCGGUCAGUGUUAGGGGUUUGAAUUAGGGUUAGGGGUUAGUGCUAUUGCUAGGGGUUAGUGUUAAACCUCCUAUCACUAUCGGCCCCGUAUGAAAUUCGACUGGCGCUUGUCUACUGCAGGUGCGCCUACGAAAUGUGAUCCGACCUUUUAUUUUAUAAUAACCACCAUUGUAUAUUCCCGAUCGAAAACCGACAGGGCAACGGGCUCGUGGCCCGGUGGGUAGAGGCGUGGACUUCUAAACCAACAGGUCGCGAGUUCGAGGCUCGGGUGUUCCACACUUCGGGCUUGGGUAUGGCUGGCUGACGACGGCUAAUAAGCCAGAAAUGGCCAUUCCAGUCUCCCUUGUCUUUGUCAGUAAUACCACUCUGCCUAAAUAACUUUUAUCUGUCAAUCGAACAAAUAGUAUUUAACCGAUAUUUACAACCAUACCAUAUGGUCCUGUUGCAUGCGUAUAGUCGUCUGUCAAGUCGAUGAAACAGUCUAGUCGUUUUGGACGACUGUCUCGAAGCUGUACCUAGAUACGUCAAGGCUUACAUACGGGAAGAUUGCAGAAUUUAGCAUAUUUAAGAAUGGGUUAAAAGAAACGAGCCAUGUUGUCGUUGUAAGGUAGCAGCAAGAAACGGAUAAGAGUUACGAUUAAUUUGGCAUUUGAUAUUGUGUUUAAGAAAAUUCUCAAACCUCUAUGAAGAGCAAACUAAUCCAAAAGUUAAAGGACAUUAGUGGUAAACGUGGGCGCAGAAUACGGAACGGUUUAAAAUGAGUUCGUCCUGUCACCAGACUGGAUGCGAGUGUUCGAAUUCCACGUAUGUGACAUAAAAAGAAAACUGGUAUACCAUCGAAAAGAUGCUUAUUUUUCUGAGCCUUUGAACUUCUGUGAGAAUCCGCUGUCAGAAAUCAAAACGACAACAGACGACAGUUGUGGGAGUGUGGGGCAAUCAAAUCUGAGUAGCGUAAGUCUGGGGGUGACUCCGCAGGACCCUGUAGGCCGGUGUCAGAUCAACGCAUCGACUAAUUGAUUUCUCAUCCAAGGGCCAAGUUUUAAUCAAUUUUCUUGCUUUCAGCAUGGGAAAUGAUCUUGGUGGCUACGAAGUCAGACGCAUGACCUAUUUUGCAGGUCUGGGCAACCACCUGUGAUGACUCGCUACUCCGUCGCACAGCCAGCUUAUUCUCGUACAUGCGCAAUCCGGGCACGUGUUCAGUCUGGCCUCUGUAGUUACAGGACUGUUUAGACACGGAAUACGAUACACCACACCCGACUGCUCACUGCAAUUUAAGCACUCUUGAUUUUCACGACUCUGCCGCGCAUGGUAACCUUAGGAAGGAAUGAUGUGCAAAUCCAACACCUAGUCCUGCUGUAAUAAGCUCGGAUUUAGCUGAAAUGUCCUUGAUGUAUGACGGAGCAUGUCAUAUCAUUGGUGCCUUUCCCGGUUUCGCCCUCCGGGGAGAGACACAUAAGCAGUGGCCUAUAAACAACUCAGCGUUCCAAUCACAUUGGAUUGAAGGCAUUGGGCCUAAGUUUAACUGCGUCUACGUCACAACUGUUUGUGAAAUAAUCCAAAUAGUAGAACUGAUGAUGAUGAUGAUGAUGAUGAUGAUGAUGAUGAUGAUGAUGAUGAUGAUGAUGAUGAUGAUGAUGAUGAUGAUGAUGAUGAUGAUGAUGAUGAUGAUGAUG